AUGGAGAAGGCUGAACUCAAGAUGGGGGACACAGUGGAUCUCAUAGCCAUUUCCACUGGAGCCGUCAAUUCCACUGGUGUUGAGGGCGAUCAAGAAGAUAAGCUAUACAGGCUAGAGAUGGAAGCAUAUGUGGACUACGAUCUCAUCUUUCCCGCGACAUCUGAAUAUUUAGCUGCGCAUCCCGAAUACGAAUGGAUAGUCCUCCUCCGAAACAAGGCGAAAGAGGAGAGUGUGAAUCGCUUCCUGCCCCAAGGGACACAAUUCGUGAUCGGAGACUUUGACAGUCACGACGUCAUCUCCUCUGCGGCAGCUGCCGCAGACGUAGUCAUAAACUGGGGCAGUAGCGACCAUGAGCCGCUGACCAAGUCCAUCAUCGACGGCAUGAAGAAGAACAAAUCUACCUGCUACCUAAUCCACACCUCAGGCUGCGGUAUACUCACCGGUGAAGUUACCAGAAGCGGAACCUACGGCCAGGCUACUACCAAGGUCUACGACGACUGGGACAAUGCGAGCGACCUCCUCACUCUCCCUCCCGAAGCGCCACAUGUGAAUGUCGACACCAUGAUCCUAGCGCUCGACCGUGAAGCGCCGCACAUCAAAACCAUGAUCGUCUGCCCACCGAUCAUAUACGGCAUGAGCCACGCCCAGGACACGCAGGAGCGCAGCGCAGCACGGCAAUACGUAAACUCCACCCUAGAUCGCGGAAAGGGCUUCGCGGUCGGUGACGGCAAGGCAAUCGUCAACACGUUACACAUUACCGAUCUAGCGAACUUCUUCGUCAAGGCUACGGAAGCAGCCGCACAGGACGGUGGCGCCGCCACAUGGGGAGGUGUCGAGUCGUACUACUUUGUGGAAAGCGGUGAGAUGGUCUGGGGCGAAUUCGCGCACGCUGUUAGCAAAGCGGCGUUCGAGAAAGGGCUGCUGGAUACGCCGGAUAUGGACUACCUCAGCGCAGAGGAGGCGAUGAAGAUUGACCCGAUUAGCAAGAUUGGUUACGGCUCCAGUGCGCGGUCCAAGGCUAUUCGCGCUUACAAGACUCUCGAUUGGAAGCCGGAGAUGCUGGGGAUCUAUGAGGAUUACCUUUCGAACUGGCGGUUCAAGGCGGGCGAACCGCACCUGUUCGUGUAA